CGAAGCAUCGUGUGAGAGCCGUGGGUGGCAGGGAGAGGGUCCUCGUGUUGCUGGCACUCCCCCACAUCGCACGCCCGCCACCAUGCAGCUGCUGGGCUUCAGCCAGCGCCUGGCGGCCGGCGCGCAGGCAGAGGCGCUGAGGGGCACGGCAUGCAGACCCCAGGGCAGGGCGCAGGUCGUGGUGCGGCCCCGGGCGGCAGCAUCAGUGGAGGCGCCUGGCCGCGACAUCCGUGAGGAUGCACACAACAGGGCCAACCUGCCCGGCAGCGACGCCUUCAACUCGCGCUACGUGCCCUUCACGUCUGUGGAGGCGGGCACGCCGCGGGGCAGCGAGGAGCAGUACAGCCUGGACGAGGUGCUGUACCGCUCGCGGGACGGCGGCCUGCUGGAUGUCAGCCACGACAUGGAGGCGCUGGCGCACUUUGACGCCGCCUACUGGAAGAAGCUGUUUGACGGCCGCAUCGGCACCACCUCCUGGCCCUUUGGCUCGGGGGUGUGGUCCAAGAAGGAGUGGGUGCUGCCGGAGAUCAGCAGCGACGACAUUGUGUCCAUGUUUGAGGGCAACAGCAACCUGUUCUGGGCGGAGCGGUUUGGGCACGAGCUGGGCAUGAGCGACCUGUGGGUCAAGCAGUGCGGCAACUCCCACACCGGCAGCUUCAAGGACCUGGGCAUGACGGUGCUGGUGUCGCAGGUCAACCGCCUGCGCAAGCUGAAGCCAGAUGCGGUGCAGGCGGUGGGCUGCGCCUCCACGGGCGACACCUCGGCGGCGCUCUCCGCGUACUGCGCGGCGGCGGGCAUCCCCUCCAUCGUGUUCCUGCCCGCCGACAAGAUCUCGCUGGCGCAGCUGGUGCAGCCCAUCGCCAACGGCGCCCUCGUCCUCUCCAUCGACACCGACUUUGACGGAUGCAUGAAGCUGAUCCAGGAGGUCACCCAGUCGUGCCCCAUCUACCUGGCCAACUCCAUGAACAGCCUGCGGCUGGAGGGCCAGAAGACGGCGGCCAUCGAGAUCCUGCAGCAGUUCAACUGGCAGGUCCCCGACUGGCUCAUCAUCCCGGGCGGCAACCUGGGCAACAUCUACGCCUUCUACAAGGGCUUCAAGAUGUGCAAGGACCUGGGCCUGGUGGACCGCCUGCCGCGCCUGGUGUGCGCGCAGGCGCAGAACGCCAACCCGCUCUACCUGGCCUACAAGAGCGGCUACGACUCCUUCCAGCCCGUCAAGGCGCAGACCACCUUUGCCUCCGCCAUCCAGAUCGGCGACCCCGUGUCCAUCAACCGCGCGGUGCUGGCGCUGCGGGAAACAGACGGCAUCGUGGAGGAGGCGAGCGAGGAGGAGCUGAUGGAUGCGGCGGCGCGCGCCGACCUGACGGGCAUGUUCAACUGCCCGCACACGGGGGUGGCGCUCAGCGCGCUGACCAAGCUGCGGGAGCGCGGCGUCAUCGCGCCCUCCGACCGCACCGUCGUCGUGUCCACGGCGCACGGCCUCAAGUUUGCGCAGAGCAAGGUGGCAUACCACAGCAAGGAGAUUGAGGGGAUUGGAGGGAAGUACGCCAACCCGCCGGUGCAGGUGAAGGAGGAGCUGGGCGCCGUCAUGGACGCCAUUCGCACCAAGUUCAACCAGCUCUGAGGCCUCGCCCUGCCGCGGGCCCGCGGCCGCUGGCUGGGUGGGGCAGG